AUGGCGGCGGCGGAGCUGCAGGAGCUGCGGGCGCUGGUGGAGCGGGCGGGCGGGCGGCAGGCCGUGCUGCUGGUGGCUGAGGUGGCGGAGGGGGCCCCGGCCGCGGCCACCCUGACCGCCUUCGCCCGCGACCUCCUGGGCGACGAGCCCCCGGGACCGCUGCCCGGGUGCCGGUCCCCGCGGCGGGCCGUGUGCGGGCGGCGGGCGCUUGGAGCGCGGCUGCUGCUGGUGCUGUGCCGCGCCGGGGCGGCCCGGGGCGGCGGGGCCCGGGCCCGGCUGCGGGAGGUGGUGCGGGACGUGCGCGGCCGCCUGCCCCGGGCGCCGCCGCCCGCCGUCGUCGGGGUCCUGUUGCCCGGCGGGGAUGGGGAGGACGCGGCAGUGCUGGACGUUACGCUGCGACGGCACUUCCCGGUGCCCGGCACGGUGCAGGCGGCUCGGUACAGCCCCGGCAGCCCCGCCGCCCUCCGCGACUGCCGCGACGCAGCCUGCCGAGCCCUGCGAGCCGCCCUGCAGCACCCCGCAGAUGAGGGGAAAACGAGGGAGAGCUGGAGGUUCCCAUCCUUCCUGCACUGCAUUUCUUGGAACAGGAGGAGCCAGAGAAAAAGUCCUGAAGCAAAAGCUGCAAACAACGUUCAUGAAGAUGACCUGCAGAACCCCGAGGAAGAAGUGGCUCUGACCAGCCUGUCUCCCAAUGGAAACUAUGAAGCUGCUGGAAGCACAGGCACCUAGAGCUGCUGGGCACUCAGCACAGGCCAUGUCUUGGAUCUGCCCAGUGGAUCUGGAACACUGGGAGGAGGAGCUGGUACAGGCCUACUCACCCUCUCCUCCAAGGAGCCACUGCUCUGAGGAGAAGCUGCUCAGCUUCACUCACCAUGGGCUUCAGUUGCCACCAACAGCCUUUGAAGUCUGUGCCGAAGAGCCAUCCCCUGCUGCACUCCUCUGCCUAGGGGCCUGGAGUUGCUGCUGGACACUGGGCUGUUGAGAAGCCCUUGGGGGAUGUAUCCUGCAUCCUGGGCAAGAUGUUGUUGGGAUUUUUGAGUAUGAAAUGCAGCCACCUGCUCAAAGAGUGAGGAAUGUUUCCUGCUUCUGAGCAAAGUUCCCUGCUGAGAUUGCCAGGGCUGCCCUCCCUGGCAAACAGGUUGUGCUGCUUUGUUUCCCUGCUUUAUUGCAGCUUUGAAGUUUCUGCUCUGACUCUGAUCAGGAAAAAAAAAGAAAGACAAAUAACACUAGCACAGAGACUGCAAUGGGGCUAAAUACAAGGUCUCAGAUCUACCAGCUACUGAAAAGGCUUAAAUGUAACUGUGCACUGUGAAGAAUUCAAUGACAACCCACUGUGGGGAGCAAGAACACCAUCAAAGAUAUUGAUAGUAAUGUCAGUUGCAGCAGAGUGUGGUUUGGGAGCAGGAUCCAUCCCUCAGGCUUGUGUUGGUGCUCAUGGACUGACUGAUGGACUGCUUGGGUUGGAGGAGGUGGCAGAUGGGCAUCAAGGUAUGGCUGAUGCUAGAUGGGGUUCUGGGAGAGGCUUGUCUUACCCAAGACAUCCCCACAGCCCGGUGAUGGUAGGUCUUCGAGGUGGCCUGCAGCACAACACAAUGUGGCUGCUUCAUAAAUGAAUCUAUUUAAGUAGUUCCAAAGGGCUGCCUGUAGCCUGUGGAGUAACACAGUUCAUUAUAAAUCCUUGAUUUAUAAGGAAUAGUACUAUAAUGCCAAGAAUACCUUAUUUUAUUCAUAUUUUAAUGCAACAUAAACCAGGUCUUCUUUUAUUUUUAGCACAAGCUGCUGGGUUUUGUGUGGAGCUCCUGUCCUUUUGAAGUUUCAGACCAGAGACUUCAACACAUCAUGUCCUGUCUAGGUCUUCCCUGGGUUACCUGUCAGCACAUCCUCCAUGUGUGUCUGUCCUCCCUCUGGCUUCCUUUUUCCCCAGUGGCAGCGAAAUGUCUGUGGUCUAGCGAGCUCUGGCCAGCAUCCUCUCCCAGCAAUGUGCUUUUUGCAUCUCUCCAGCUCUUACCUAGAGCAGGGGAUGGGUUUUUUACUGUGCUCUGUUCAUGAUCAUCAUUUUCCAACAAACUAUUUUCCUGCAGCUCAGCUUCCCCACCAGUAGAUGCUGGAAAGCAUCUGCUUUACUCCUGCAGCACUCCCAGCUGUCACCAGGAGCAAGGGCUCUGGCAUUCCCCAAGCUCUUCAUCCAUGGAGAUUUUCUUGGGUGCUCCAAAAUAGCACAGGAGGUAACAGUGAGUGAAGAAAAUAUCCUAAAGCCCACCUAUCCCCUUUGCCCUGAAUCUCCCAGUCCCAUUGAUCCCCUUCUAGACCCCAUCCCCUGUUCGCUUCUCCAUGGCUCUUCCUCCACUGACCUUCUCCAAAACUCCCCUCAAUCUUUCUAGCCCCUGAACCCAGACCCCUCCCUGCUUUUCAUCCCCUGAAGCUUGAACUGUAUCAAACCAGAUGUGGAUCCUUCCUGUGACUGCAGUCCUUGUGCUGAGCAGCAUCUCCAUAGCCAUGUGUGUUUUGGGGCAAGAAGCAAGAGUCAGCACUGUCGAGCUUGGAAGAGGACACACAGUUGUCUCAGACUUUGUCCACCCCAGCACUUAAACCUUUCUUCUGCUUUACAGCUCACACUGCCUGUAAGCUCAAACUUACCUUCCCUCCUGUAGCUGGACCCAGCCAACAAGCAUCACUUUGGUCUUGACUGCCCCUCAGCCUCUCCCAUGCCCCACCCUGAGCAUGUUUUUGCUUCCCAAAAGCCUUUUUGUCCUUCACUCCUGCAUUUAGCUCCAUCUCAGGAUACCUUCAUGGCAGUUCAAGAUUUCUCUCAGCACGCCCACUCCAGCUGCUCUGGGGUGUCUGGAUGGAUCAACACAAGCAGCAGCACAUCCAUCAGGCAGGAGAGGAGGUUCCCCACAUAGUCAUUGUCCAUCACCAGCACCUGCCUGUUCUGCCUCCCCAGCAGGCUGAGGAGUUCCCAGGUGGUUCACUCCAGGAGGCAGUGGGCAGCAGCUUCCUCGGAUGCCACAGUCUCCUCCCACACUGCCAGGGAAAGGAGUGGAGGCAGUUGCACCACACAGCUACAACUGGGAACAGCCACCAGGUACGAGUACACACGUGGCCUUUGGUGGGACUAGACAAGCAGGAAAGAAAACAGCAGUUUUGACACAAAGAUUCCAAAACCUCAGCCAUACGCUGUUCAAUGUUGGACCUCUCAGGAAGAGCCUUUGUAUCUCAUCAGGCUGGUACAAUAGAUGAUGACAAAAUGGGAGUGAAAAAUGAUCACUACAUAUUUUAAGAGCAUCUUACCACAUACUUGGGAGCACUUACUACCUUCUCAUUAGCAGAAUCCAAUCACAUAGUAGGGACUGCACUCCUAUCAACCUGCUGCUACAGUCCACUUUGUGCAAUUUCCUCCUCCUUCCUCUGGCAAUGCUUAAACUGGAAACUCUGCUUGUAUUCCACCCCAUUCCUUCUCUGAACCCUGAGUGUACAACCUGUUGGUAUUUGUGGAAGACCAAAACCCUGCUUGACCUGACCCAGCAAAACACAAGCUGGUUUUUUUUCCACAUUAAAAAAAAGCAGCUUUCCAGUAGCAGCAGGUUUAGUUCACGAGGCAUGUCCAGCAAUGGAAUUUCUGUAGCAGAGUCCAAAUGCUUUUUCUUUGAUUGACAUCCAAAAGAAAGUCUUAGUUUACCUAAUCCUGCAUUCUGAAUAUAUGGCUCUUCCACCUCCUUCAGAAAAGGGUUAGUUCUGAUGAACCAGCCCAGUGCAGGAGGCAGGAGACAAGCCAAGCUCCCUGGGCAGAGGGCUGGGCAGGAAGGAAGUGAGGAUGAGGAGGAAGGCUCAUGCAAUCACUCCUCCACCUCACAGACUAGGGUGUGCUUUCCAAAUGGUGUAAGAACAUGGCAUCAAUGGUAUCACCUGCUCAGGGGAUCAACAGAGACAGCAGUAACUAUGCUGACCUACAGCUGCCUGAAACCUCCCUUAAAACUCCCCAGUAUUUCUCAGGGAUGUACUAAGAAAAUCUAAGAUGGACUUUAAGCAUGUUUAAGUUAAUUUUUCACCAACUUCUUCUUCAACAAACCUUAAAGAACUCACAGAAGCGAUACACCACUCUGAUGUAAAGAUCCUCCUUACCCCACAUGGCACACUGGCCAGGGAACCAGUACUCAGGCACUACUGAACUGGGACAUCAAAACACACCUAAAUGACAUUGAGCAGAUGCUGCAGGCAUUCAUACUGCUCAGGUAGAGUCUCAUUAUUUGCGAUUUUACUACAACUGCUACUUUUAGAUGGGAGCUGGGAUGCCUCCCUGCUAGGAUUUAGUCUCCUAGUACAGUUUUAACAGUAAUCAUCACCAAGUGCAAAAGAGACAGGAACAAGAAACUUUCCUCUAGUAGGCAGGCAUGGAAAUACUCCUCAUGUUCUACAUCCAGCUUGUGUGCAAUUUAGGAGGUUGCAAACAUUUCCUGUUCAGCCUUGCAAACCCUUCAAUUCCAUGAUGGGAGGUACUUUACAAGGCAGCCUGCUCUCUGAAUGCCUGGACAAGCACAGGCCCAAGCUCCAGCUCAUUGUCUUGCCAAGUCCCUACUACGUCCCUGUGCUGGGAACUCUGAAAUGAUACUGAAAACAAACCAAGUCCAAAAAUUUGAACAGAUUAUCCAUUUUUAUUUCCAAUAAAAAUUUAGAUCCUAGAUGGAUACAGCAUCUGCAAAAGACAAGAACAGAACCAUGUUACAAAUCCUGUUACUGGACUGUACUGUCCAUCAGCCCUCCUGGUCCCUGACAGCAAGCCCUAAUGCAUCUAGUUUCAGGAUUUAACUGCUUUUUCUAAUGCAGUAGAGAGAAAAUAUUGCACACCUCUAAAACCCCUUUGGACAACAUCACUAGAAAGAUAACUGCAUCAAAACUCUGGUGAGGGACCUAAAGAGACAGCCCGAUAGCCUCACUGAAGCUUUGUGGCCAAAUCAGGGACUGUGGAGCAGAGGUCAGGACAGCACAUCCCUCCUUACAUUUGGGAGGCACACAAAAAGAAACUUUUCAGUAGAUAAGAAGUGGAGCAGAAGGGUGUAAAAAUGCAUAUAUAAGAUCUGGGGAAAAGAAAUGCAGGUAGUUUUAGAAGGGAGCUAAGGAAGAGUCCCAGAACUCAAAGAGCCUUUCUAGGCUGCCUGAGGAAUCAGACAAACCCCCAGCCAGCUAUAAACCUCUCCCAGCUCCAAAAGGAGCACUCGUCAGAGAGCCGUGUUGAAUACACAAUAGCAACAAAACAACAUCAUAGUUCAUCUGUCCUCGAACUAUGUGGCAUUAAAAUGCAUCCCCCAAACUGCCAAUAAAUACCUUGUUGCUAAAACAGAUCCACUUACCACCCGGAUUCUGUGUCCAAUGGCCUUGGCAGGAAGGUUGGAGCGGAACUUGGCCCGAACCAUGCCGCUGUUCCCAUGGGCACGCGUCACCUUCCCCCAGAUGACCCGUGUCCUGUUGGGUUUGCCCCCGGGCGUUACAGUGUUGCUGGGGAAGAAGAGGACAACAAGGGCUGAGCACCUCAGGCACAGCUCCAGACAGCCUUGAGCAAGGACAGGGCAGACAAUGCAGCCACUUUAAGGCACUCCCAUAACUUCACAGCAUCUUUAAUGGGAUCAGCUGCCGCUUUGCUUUGCCUGUGAAAGUUGCCAGCCCUGGGAUUUUCACUCGAGCUUCCAAGCGAGGCAGUACUGCAGCUUGUAGUCUAACCAAAAGCUCCACUGCAGAGCAAUUAGCAAGUUAAAAAUUUGGAAAACAAUGACACUAAGAUGAUCAAACUGAAAAACCAACAAUUUCAACUCCAAAGAAAAUGUAAUGGUGAUCAUGCUGAGGGUCUGACCAACUGUAUUCAAGGUAAUUCUCAGCUCCCAUCCAUGAGCUCUACUCAGACAAAACAAGUGGAAGGUAACAACUGUUCUUCAAGCCUCUGUGGGUACCAGCCCAGUGAGGGCUCUGACACAGGCAUGCCAAAGUCAGGAGGCAAACUCCACCAGGUUUCAGAGAAUUCUUCUGCUGUUUGGCAACUCAGUAGCUCAUGGUAUUCACCACAAAUCCACCUCACUUCACAGAAUGGUUGGGAUUGGAAGGGACCUUUAGCGACCAUCUAGUCCAGCCCCCUUGCUAAAGCAGGUCCACCUAGAUAAGGUCACACAGGAACGUGUCCAGGUGAGUUCUGAAGACUCCACACCCUCCCUGGGCAUCCUGUGCCAGGGCUCCCUCACCUCAACAGAAAAUACUUUUUCCUUAAAUGAAACUUUUUGUGUUCCAACUUCUGUCCAUCAUCCCUUGUCCUGUUUAUUUACUCUUAUAAUCCUGCCUUCAGUUUUUGUCAAGUCUCAGGCAAAAUUUGCUCCUCAUCCCAGUUGCUCUCUAAUGUACCAUCUGUAAGAGCAAAUGACUUCUUUCACGUGACUCCACGAUGUGAAUUAUGAACACACAGGCCAAGUGAAGCAAAAACAACCAGAGACUUCAGAAACAAAGUCAACCCAAGAAGCCAAGCCACACAGUUCUCCACAGUCUUGUGAUAAAUUCAGCCAAAUUAGUUUUGUUGAGCUCAAGAAACAGACUGUUCAUCCUGGCAGCUGCAAAGGCUGAUACAGAGGUUGGCUAAUUCAGCCUAAUUAAAAGUGACUUACUUUUUGGCUUUGUACACGUAGGCACACCUCUUGCCCAAGUAGAAGUCUGUCUCCUGACGGGCAUAAACACCUUCAAUUUUCAGAAGGGCAGUGUGCUCCCGCUGGUUUCGGAGGCCACGUUUGUAGCCAGCAAAAAUGGCUUUGCACCACAGCCUAAAGGCACCAAAAACAUUCACAAGUUAUAAUUAAAACUGUCAAACGUACAAUCAAGUCACGUGCUGCUUCAUCAGAAACUAUUUCCACAUCAGCAGAAAUUUAGCUCAAGAAAAAAACCCACUGCUUUUGCUUUUAUAAAUGACUGCACACCCUUGCAUUCAGUCACUAGGGGAAAGCACAGUCACUGGGAUGGAAGGAUAUAUGAGAACUUUGUAUCU